CAGCUUUUCUUCUUCUUCUUCUUUUUUUUCCUUCCUAGCUUGUUGCGAAAACGGAUGUGACCGCUGUAAGAGGCCCGCGUCUGAGAAGCCAGACGGACGGUCGACAUUUCAACGGAAAGACCAACCAACGGUCGGCCGACACAAGACCCCGGGCAGCGGCGACAGCAAGAUGGAGUGUGAGUGGAAGCCAGACGAGCAGGGACUGCAACAGAUUUUACAGCUGCUGAAAGAGUCCCAGUCGCCGGACACGUCCACGCAGAGAUCCGUCCAGCAAAGACUUGAGCAGCUGAACCAGUAUCCAGACUUCAACAACUAUUUGAUAUUCGUUUUGACCAAGUUAAAAUCGGAAGAUGAACCGACGCGCUCCCUCAGUGGGCUGAUUCUGAAGAACAACGUGAAAGCCCACUAUCAGAACUUCCCUCAUGGCGUUUCUGAUUUCAUCAAAGGGGAGUGCCUCCAAAACAUCGGAGACUCCUCUCCGCUCAUCCGGGCCACCGUGGGUAUCCUCAUCACCACCAUCGCCUCCAAGGGAGAGCUACAGAACUGGCCGGGGCUUUUACCUAAACUCUGCCUGCUGUUGGAUUCUGAGGACUACAACACGUGUGAGGGAGCGUUUGGAGCAUUGCAGAAAAUCUGCGAAGACUCUGCCGAGAUCCUGGACAGUGACAUUCUGGAUCGUCCUCUGAACAUCAUGAUCCCCAAGUUCCUGCAGUUUUUCAAGCACAGCAGCCCCAAGAUAAGGUCUCACGCCAUCGCCUGCGUGAAUCAGUUCAUCAUCAGCAGGACUCAGGCGCUCAUGAUGCACAUCGACCCUUUCAUUGAGAACCUGUUUGCACUGGCGACCGACGAGGAAUCCGAAGUCAGGAAGAAUGUGUGCAGAGCGCUCGUCAUGCUGCUGGAGGUUCGCCUGGACCGCCUCCUGCCGCACAUGCAUAACAUCGUCGAGUACAUGCUACUGAGGACUCAGGACCACGAUGAAAAUGUUGCCUUGGAAGCCUGUGAGUUCUGGCUUACUCUGGCGGAGCAGCCCGUGUGUAAGGAAGUGCUGUGUGGACACCUCUCUCAGCUCAUUCCUGUGCUUGUCAACGGGAUGAAGUACUCCGAGAUUGACAUAAUCCUGCUCACGGGGGACACCGAGGAAGACGAGGACAUCCCGGACAACGAGCAGGACAUCCGGCCGCGCUUCCACCGCUCCCGCACGGUCGCCCAGCAGCACGAGGGCGACGGCAUCGAGGACGACGACGACGAUGAGCUGGAUGACGAUGACGAUACCAUCUCUGAUUGGAACCUGCGGAAGUGUUCCGCCGCAGCGUUGGACGUGUUGGCCAACGUGUUCAAGGACGAUCUGUUGCUGCACCUCCUGCCCCUUCUCAAAGAGCUGCUCUUCCAUCCCGAGUGGGUCGUUAAAGAGUCCGGCAUCCUCGUGCUGGGGGCUAUAGCUGAAGGCUGCAUGCAGGGCAUGAUCCCGUACCUGCCGGAGCUCAUUCCCCAUCUCGUGCAGUGUUUGUCCGACAAAAAGGCCCUGGUGCGCUCCAUCACCUGCUGGACUCUGAGCCGUUACGCCCACUGGGUCGUCAACCAGCCUCCAGACACGUACCUGAAGCCGCUAAUGACGGAGCUGCUCAAACGAAUUCUGGAUAGCAACAAGCGUGUGCAGGAGGCUGCGUGCAGUGCCUUUGCCACUUUGGAGGAGGAGGCCUGCACGGAGCUGGUUCCCUACCUGGCUGUCAUCCUGGACACACUGGUGUUCGCGUUCAGCAAGUACCAGCACAAAAAUCUGCUCAUUCUUUACGACGCCAUCGGAACACUUGCAGACUCGGUGGGGCAUCAUCUCAAUAAACCGGAAUACAUCCAGAUGCUGAUGCCGCCACUCAUCCAGAAAUGGAACCAGUUGAAAGAUGAAGACAAAGAUCUCUUCCCUUUGUUAGAAUGUCUGUCGUCUGUAGCCACGGCCCUGCAGGAUGGCUUCCUGCCCUACUGUGAGCCCGUGUACCAGCGCUGUGUCAGCCUGGUGCAGAAGACGCUCGCUCAAGCCAUGCUUUAUCAGUCACAGCCAGACCAGUACGAAGCCCCCGACAAAGACUUCAUGAUCGUGGCGUUGGAUCUUCUCAGUGGCCUGGCGGAGGGUUUGGGAGGCACCAUCGAGGAGCUGGUUGCCCGCAGCAACAUCCUCACCCUCAUGUACCAGUGCAUGCAGACCGCUCAGGACAAAAUGCCAGAGGUGCGUCAAAGCUCCUUUGCGCUGCUGGGGGAUCUGACCAAGGCUUGUUUCCCACACGUCAAGCCCUGCAUCGCUGAUUUUAUCCCCAUACUGGGUACUAAUUUAAAUCCAGAAUUAAUAUCCGUGUGCAACAAUGCAACAUGGGCAAUCGGAGAGAUAUCUCUACAAAUGGGGUCUGAAAUGCAGCCGUACAUUUCCAUGGUGCUGCACCAGCUGGUGGAGAUCAUUAACAGGCCGAAUACCCCGAAGACGCUACUGGAGAACACAGCAAUAACAAUUGGUCGUCUUGGUUACGUUUGUCCUCAAGAGGUGGCACCCAUGCUACAGCAGUUUAUAAGACCCUGGUGCACCUCUCUGCGAAAUAUAAGAGACAACGAGGAGAAAGACUCUGCGUUCAGAGGGAUCUGCACGAUGAUCAGCGUCAACCCGGGAGGCGUCGUGCAGGACUUUAUAUUCUUCUGCGACGCAGUGGCCUCCUGGGUCAAUCCAAAGGACGAUCUCCGAGACAUGUUCUACAAGAUCUUUCACGGGUUCAAGAACCAAGUGGGCGAGGAAAACUGGAGGCGCUUCUCGGAUCAGUUCCCCAUGCCGCUGAAGGAGAGGCUGGCCACCUUUUACGGGGUGUAGCUGUUUCCGUGUGUGUGUGUGUGUGCCUCGUCGCUGGGGUCGUCCACUAUGGGAGAUAACAUAGGAACUUCUUUUACCCGGGGAACAUGUUGCUACCCUUUACUGGGGGGGAAGGGUCCGC